UCGAUAUGGAAGUACAAACUUGUCCAUCGCAAAUCGCAAGUAAUAGGUUAUUUAAUAAAUUGCUCAGGUGGCAUUUGUGUAAGAAAAAUCUAAAAAAUGCCAAAAAAGAAAACGGGCCAAAGGAAAAAAGCUGAAAAGCAGAAAUUACGUCUUAAGGAAAUACGGAGCCGUGAGACUUCUCUUGCUGAUAUGCCUUGUAACGCACCCAUGGAGUGCGAGAAGUGUGAGAAAAAGCAAAAGAGUAGGGCUUUUUGUUAUUUUUGUCAGAGCCUCCAGCGCUUACCAAUUUGUGCUCAUUGCGGCAAGGUAAAGUGUAUGCUGAAAACCGGCGAUUGCGUUGUAAAACAUCCAGGAGUGUACACAACUGGGCUUGGCAUGGUUGGCGCAAUUUGCGACUUCUGUGAAGCUUGGGUUUGCCAUGGGCGAAAAUGUCUCCAAACACAUGCUUGCACUUGUCCUUUGCAAAACGCGAAUUGUCUCGAAUGCGAGCGAGGAGUUUGGGAACAUGGCGGUCGUAUAUUCAAAUGCUCAUUUUGUGAUGGAUUCCUAUGUGAAGACGAUCAAUUUGAGCAUCAAGCGUCAUGUCAGGUCCUCGAAUCUGAAAAUUUCAAAUGCCAGAGUUGUAACCGACUUGGACAAUAUUCUUGCUUGCGUUGUAAAACAUGUUAUUGCGAGGAUCAUGUACGAAGGAAGGGAUUUAAAUACGACAAGAAUAAAGCCAUUCCCUGUCCGAAAUGUAAUUACGACACAUCAGUCACAAAGGACUUGAGUAUGUCAACAAGGUCGCAUAAGUUCGGACGGCAACAGCAAGGCGGGGCGAUGGACAGUGAUGACGAAUAUGGAGGGUAUUCGUAUUAUAGCGGAGGGGCUUAUGGUGCAGGUUCUAGUUACACCCAGGAAAAUGAUAGUGACGAUGAUGAAGACUAUGAAGUAAGCGAUGAAGACUCUGAGGAAGGAGACAGUGAUGAAUUACAUCAAGAACAAAAUAAAGCUAAAUAACGAAAAUGGCCUGCCAAUUAAUGAUAUAUUGAAAUUAUUAAUCGUAGCAUUUAAUAUCAAAUAAUAACGUGCAUGUAUUGCACAUGAAAAUAAAAAAUCAA